ACUAAAACGCGUACCGUAAUCAACAAUUAUACCCUAUUUCAACAAUAUUUUCGUUUUCAUAUGCGAUCCGCAAUACGUAUCAACCCAUUUUCAGAUCCCCAUGGCAAUCAAAGUAAAUUCGAAUCAGAGAGGUAAUAACGUGCUAGAUUAUCUUAAUCAGGUGAAAUGGUACUAUGAAGAUGGUCUCACCACAGAUUUUGAGAUAGAAAAUUUCAUUUCUGUUCUUUUUCUUUCUUUACGCUUUCAUUUGUGUAAACCAGAGUAUAUAAUUGCCCGUUUGAACAACUUGAAGGAAUACAGGACAAGUAUCUUACUGAUAUACAUAGACAUGCACAACUACGAAGAGCACAUGUCCGAGUUCGUGCAGUUUGACUGCCAAAUUUUUCUUUGUUUUAGCAACGAUGAGGCGGCCAUGUAUUUGGCAGCCAUAGAUGUGAACGCCCACAGAUCAACAGAAAUAAUUAAACACAGGUACAGUUUUGAUCUGCACGAAAGGAAGAUCGAGUUUCUGGCUAAAAUACCAAAAAUUAACAAAAAGGAUGCUGCCGCGCUGCUGGAGGGCAAGACGUGUCUGAAAGCACUUUUUGAUGAUCCAGAUUACAAGGCAUUGAACAAUGCCAGGCUGAGCACCAAAAAAAAACAGAGCGUGGAAGAGUACAUGGAAAUGAGGUUUACCAACAAUACCUAAGCAGAUACUGCAGCGGGUGUAAUUGAAACAGCAAGUAAACUUAUUAUUUGGAUGGGACGGUCUAUAUCUAACAAACCGAGGAAUAAAUCGCGGCAGAUGCUAUACGCAGAGUUAGUAUGCUUACAAACCUGUAGCCUGCUCUAAAUAUGAAAUUUGGUCAAAAAUGAAGUAAAAAC